AUGACAAAGCAAAGAGCUACUACGAACUGUCCCGUAUUUUCCUCGUUACUUGAAAAGAUUGGGACAUGUUGGAGCUGCCUUGGCGAUCAGAGAAAAGCUAUCAGCUAUUACGAACAGUCACUGAAGACGAGUAAAGCUAUCUAUGGUGAAACAACGCCACAUCCCGACAUUGCUGGAUCACUACACAACAUUGGGACAUGUUGGAGUCACCUUGGUGAUCAGAGGAAAGCUAUCAGUUAUCACGAACAGUCACUGAAGAUGAAGAAAGCUAUCUAUGGGGAAACAACGCCACAUCCAGACAUUGCAUCAUCACUAAACAACAUUGGGGUAUGUUGGAGUCACCUUGGUGAUCAGAGGAAAGCUAUUAGUUAUCACGAACAGUCACUGAAGAUGAUGAAGGCUAUCUAUGGCGAAACAACGACACAUCCAGACAUUGCAUCAUCACUAAACAACAUUGGAUCAUGUUGGAGUCACCUUGGUGAUCAUAGAAAAGCUAUCAGUUAUUACGAACAGUCACUAAAGAUGAAGAAAGCUAUUUAUGGCGAAACAUCGCCACAUCCUGACAUUGCGGAAUCACUUUCUAACAUUGGGGUAUGUUGGAAACGACUCAGUGAUCACAGUAAAGCCAUGAAGUAUUACCGACAGUCUUUGAAUAUGAUGAAAGUUAUCUACGGGGACAAGACAUCCCAUCCCAACAUAGCAUCAGUACUGAACAAUAUUAGAUUAUGUAAAAGUGCCCUCCACGAGUAGAGUAAAGCCGUUAGUAGUUAUAGCAAAUCGUCACUCAGGAUUAGCUAACUAUGGAGACACUACUGAACACCUCCAAUCUGUCUUGUCAUAUCAUGUCAUUACAUAGCUAUCUUGGUCACAAAUUGCUUACUAUGUAUUACUAAGUAUAGCAGCUUCUACUACAUGAUAAGGGGAAUUGAUUUACUUUGCAGGACUAUGUAUUGCGUAGGGAGACUAUACAUUCGUAGUCUUCGGUGGAAUUUCUUGCACUCAUUAUAAGUAGGCAGCCAUUUGGACAAUUCCUUUAUGUUCUAUAUCUAGAAUCAGGGAUUAGCACGACAAUGCAUAAAGGAAACAAAGUCAUACAUGUAUAUGAGUUCCGAGUAAGCUCAAUGAAAUGAGUGAGUGAGUG